UUGGCACACGCUCGCACAAACGCGCGCACACACACACACGCGCGUGCGCGCGCGCGCACACUCGCACUUAUGUUCUCUAUAGGUGUGUGGGUCCAAAGUUGCAGCCGCAAGGAGAAUGAACUGCAAUGGACCAGUCUUGCUUGGCGCCUAGAGCUCUCAGCGCGGCUUUCCUCGAGGCCCCCAGAUGGAAAGGAGGGAAAGAGGAAUGCCACACACCGCUUGAAGUUGUCUCCCCCCUUGCCAAGAAGAUCAGCUCCAAACCCAGGGUGCCCGAAGCCUCGGAAUAUGCCUGCAGAAGGGAGCAGAAGCGAGCGUUCUUGGAGAGGUCCCGAACUUGGGCCACCGGGCUUGCUCGGCAACUUGCUUGGCGCAGUUCUCCGUGGAGCCCUGGACCCGCUGUGCUGCUGGCCGCUUGCUUGGUUUUUUUUCUUCUCUUGUUUUUAAUGUGCGAACUUGAAGCGGAAAACAGCUAUGCUCUACGGGCCCGACUUUGGCGGCCAGCUGCCUCCCCUUCACACUUAAAAGUGGGAGCAAAGGACCUGCUUUGCUGACACUGAGAAGCAGGACAGACAGCCUGGAGCAGAUGAGCAAUGACCCAGCGGAAGGCAGCUUGGACUCCUGCAGUGCAACAGGUUUGACAGAUGAAAAAGUGAAGGCUUAUCUCUCUCUUCACCCCCAAGUAUUAGACGAAUUUGUAUCUGAAAGUGUUAGUGCAGAGACUGUAGAAAAAUGGCUGAAGAGGAAAAACAACAAACCAGAAGAUGAAUCAGCUCCUAAGGAAGUCAGCAGGUACCAAGAUACGAAUAUGCAGGGAGUUGUAUAUGAACUUAACAGCUAUAUAGAACAGCGGCUGGAUACUGGGGGAGACAACCAGCUUCUCCUCUAUGAACUGAGUAGCAUCAUUAAAAUAGUUUCUUCCUUUCUUAUUACUUUGGCAGCCACAAAAGCUGAUGGAUUUGCACUGUAUUUCCUUGGAGAGUGCAAUAAUAGCCUGUGUGUGUUCACCCCUCCAGGAAUCAAGGAAGGAAAGCCCCGGCUGAUCCCUGCUGGGCCCAUUGCCCAGGGCACCACGAUCUCUGCUUAUGUGGCCAAGUCCCGGAAAACAUUGCUAGUAGAAGACAUCCUGGGGGAUGAACGAUUUCCAAGAGGUACAGGACUGGAAUCAGGGACUCGUAUCCAGUCUGUUCUUUGUUUACCAAUUGUCACUGCGAUUGGUGAUUUGAUCGGUAUCCUUGAGCUGUAUCGGCACUGGGGCAAAGAAGCCUUCUGUCUCAGUCAUCAGGAGGUUGCAACAGCAAAUCUUGCCUGGGCUUCAGUGGCAAUACAUCAGGUUCAGGUGUGCAGAGGCCUUGCCAAACAGACUGAGUUGAAUGACUUUCUACUCGAUGUGUCAAAAACAUAUUUUGAUAACAUAGUCGCAAUAGAUUCUCUACUUGAACACAUAAUGAUAUAUGCAAAAAACCUGGUGAAUGCCGAUCGUUGUGCGCUUUUCCAGGUAGACCAUAAGAACAAGGAGUUAUACUCAGACCUUUUUGAUAUCGGAGAGGAGAAGGAAGGCAAGCCCAUCUUUAAGAAGACCAAAGAAAUAAGAUUUUCAAUUGAAAAAGGGAUUGCUGGCCAAGUAGCAAGAACAGGGGAAGUCCUGAACAUUCCAGAUGCCUACGCGGACCCACGCUUUAACAGAGAAGUAGACUUGUACACGGGCUACACCACCCGGAAUAUCCUGUGCAUGCCCAUCGUGAGUCGAGGAAGCGUGAUCGGUGUGGUGCAGAUGGUGAACAAAAUCGGUGGCAGUGCCUUCUCCAAAACGGACGAGAACAACUUCAAGAUGUUUGCUGUUUUUUGUGCUUUAGCCUUACACUGUGCCAAUAUGUAUCAUAGAAUCCGUCAUUCAGAGUGCAUUUACCGGGUCACCAUGGAAAAGCUGUCCUAUCACAGCAUUUGCACCGCAGAAGAGUGGCAGGGCCUCAUGCGUUUCAACCUUCCAGUGCGUCUCUGCAAAGAGAUUGAGCUAUUCCAUUUUGACAUUGGUCCUUUUGAAAAUAUGUGGCCUGGAAUUUUUGUCUAUAUGGUCCAUCGGUCCUGUGGGACAUCCUGCUUUGAGCUUGAAAAGUUGUGUCGUUUUAUUAUGUCUGUGAAGAAAAACUACCGGCGGGUCCCCUAUCACAACUGGAAGCAUGCGGUCACAGUGGCCCACUGCAUGUACGCCAUCCUCCAGAACAAUCACGGGCUCUUCACCGACCUUGAGCGCAAAGGACUGCUAAUCGCGUGUCUGUGUCACGACCUGGACCACCGGGGCUUCAGUAACAGCUACCUGCAGAAAUUUGAUCAUCCUCUUGCCGCUCUCUAUUCCACUUCUACUAUGGAGCAGCAUCACUUCUCCCAGACGGUGUCCAUCCUCCAGUUGGAAGGGCACAAUAUCUUCUCCACCCUGAGCUCCAGUGAAUACGAACAGGUGCUUGAGAUCAUCCGCAAAGCCAUCAUUGCCACAGACCUCGCUUUGUACUUUGGAAAUAGGAAACAGUUGGAAGAGAUGUACCAGACCGGAUCGCUCAACCUUAAUAAUCAAUCACAUAGAGACCGUGUCAUUGGUUUGAUGAUGACUGCCUGCGAUCUUUGUUCUGUGACGAAACUGUGGCCAGUUACAAAAUUGACAGCAAAUGAUAUAUAUGCUGAGUUCUGGGCUGAGGGUGAUGAAAUGAAGAAGUUGGGAAUACAGCCUAUUCCUAUGAUGGACAGAGACAAGAAGGACGAAGUCCCACAGGGCCAGCUUGGAUUCUAUAACGCGGUAGCAAUUCCCUGCUACACCACCCUUACCCAGAUCUUCCCUCCCACGGAGCCCCUCCUCAAAGCGUGCAGGAAUAACCUCAGCCAGUGGGAGAAGGUGAUUCGAGGGGAGGAGAGCGCAGUGUGGAUCUCGUCCCAACCAGUGGCCCAGGGGACCUCUGAGAAGGUGCCUGUGAAGAUUGAUGACUGAUGCCUGCUGAUGAGCUGUCCCACCUGAAGAUGCUCGUCCAGCUUCUUUGACUUUUCUUCCUUUUGUUUUUGUGGGGGGAAACCUACAUCUGGUACCUGGGAUGCAAACCUCUUCAAGAAGGUAACAUCAAGUCAAUAUGUCAAGCAGAUGACUGUCUCAUCUGUAACGCAUCAUAGACAGUGGUCAACCAGGACCACCCCAUGACCAGAAAUCAGCUGUCCACGUGACUCCAUUGGACUUGCAAACUGGCCUUUUCUAAUAGGCUAAUAUUGCUGAGGCCUUAAUGGAAAUGGACAAAAAUUAUUCAGAAGGGGGUACUUUUCCAUUGUAUCUUUCUAGUGAGGGUUUAAAAUGGUACUAUUAUGAUAUUGUACUUUGGCUUUAACACCAAUGUUGCUUUGAUGUUGUUGGUUAUAAAUAGGAAUUUUUACACAUUACUAUUGUGAAUGUUCAUGUGUGACCUACUUGUAAUUAGCGUGAAUUGUAGCAGCCAGCCUCAGGACAGGCGUUAUCGAGGUUACGGAGUAGGAAGUGUCUUUCUGCAAUCAGUGAUGGAAAAUAGUCAGAUUCUUGUCUCAAAGCCUCAUGAAUUAAAAGUUAGGUGGACUAAAGUGUAUCCUUUAAGUUUGUACUAAAGGGCUUAGAUGAGUAAAUUUAACACUAAAGGAAGUAGACAUUCUUUCAUCUGGAGAAGAGAUGCAAAUAUACAUCAUAAUAAAUUCAGAACUCUAAGUAUCAAUUCAAAAGACGUCAAAGAAUUUUUUCUUAAUUUUCUUUUCUUCAUUGUAGUCUUGGCAGAUUUACUAAACCUUUUGCAUAAAGAACAAAAUAAAGGAAAAGCAUAUGAAAUUUGUUUUUUAACGGACAAGUCUUAUGGAUGUAAAAUGUGAAUUUUUAAUAAUGAUUCCUUUCUAUUUUCACUUGGUGUCAUUGCAGAAUUUUAGACGCACACUCAACAUGAAAGGUUUAUUCUGCAAAUUAUUUAAAAUAUCAUACAUUUCUCUCAAAAUCAAAUUAAACCAUAAAAUUUAAGUGUUCUGUAAUUUUUACUUUGUUCUGCUGAAUUCAUCUCCCAUUUAUCCCUUUUUAUGUUACUCGAUCAUCUUUCAUAAGCUUUCUGUCUGUGACAGGGGAGUAGAAGAAAACAGUGUAAUUGCAUUGUGGCUUAUGUCUGCUCUCUUUACUCUGGUUAAGAUCAAAAUCUGCAUAGAAACCUGUGGUUUGGAGAGUUUCUUCUGUAUAAUUUUUGGUAGACUAAUAUUACUCUACAGUGUAAAUAUUAUACAAAAGUCAUAGUCUGGACCUCUUCCUACGAGGAUUAUAAGCCAGUCACUUCUGGUGCAUAUUAAUGCUGUAAAGAUCUUUAGCACAAUGACACAGGCACCUCCGAAGCUGUCAUUAGUCCUGACCUGAAGGAAUUAAGCGUCUCAAGAAGUGACAGGCCAACCCAUAACAGACACCUUCUCCACUAUUCAUGUGGCAGGAAACUGGAAUAUUCCUUUUAAUAAAAUAAAUUUUUAAAAUAUUCUUCUACAUUUCAAUACUGUACACGUUGUUGUUCAUAUGAGUUUGGUUUUUUGCAAAAAAAUUAAAUCAGAUGUUUCUACAACAUGGUUUAUUUAUGCUGUAGCAGAGUUCGCUAUACAUAAACAUUGUUCUUAUUUUAAAAUUAACACUAUGUGUUCAGUUUCCUUAUGGGCUUCUGAAGGUUGCCAUCUUGCCUACACGGGGCAUCAUUUGGGACUGUAAUUAUACAAUAUGAGGUAAAAUGAAAUAACUAAAGAGAGAGAAAUACCACUGUGGCUAGGUACACACAUACACACACAUGUAGAUAUACACAUGUAUGUAUGAGAGAAAGAGAGAGUGAUGCAAACACAUCUAUGAAAAAUAAAAAUCAGCCCCAUUCUUCAAAAACGGUGAUUUUUUUGUGCUGGAAAAUGUGUAUUGUUUGAUAAAGAGCUGAGAAGAAAGUGUCUUUUUUAUGUUAGUGUAUUCAUAGGAUUGAAUACUAAAAAGUUGCGUAUUUUUCUGCGUCUAAAUUUAUGAAACCGGACCCACCAAUUUCAACUUCCAUCACAAAAGUUAAUUUGGUCAUUUAAUUUAACUUGGAGACUGAAUUGCAAUGGGGGAGGAAAUAUCAUUUAAGAUUGUUGUUGAAUUAAAAGGAUUUUAAAAGAAUGCAUGAAUUCUGCUUCUCGAUAGAGAACGGUUAUGGGGGGAGAGAGUCCUAUGGGCAUUUUUGCAUUUAAGGUUGCUAUUCCGGUAAGAUUAUCACAGAAAAUUCUCCUAUUGUGACACCGCCAGGUGUAUUAUAUCAUAUGACUGCACUUUGAAGAGUUUCCCAAAGAAAUGUAUAUGGAUUAAUUGGUUGGUUGAUUUCUCAUAAAAUAUUGUCUUAAUGGAAACAGAAUUUGAAGCAAAGACUCUAUUCUAAUGUAAAAUGUUCAUAUUGCUUUUACCAUGAGUAAGAUUUACUUAGGAAUCAUAGAUUUACCUAAAAUAAAAGGGCCCAGGAUGCAGUGAUGUUUAGUGAACAAUCUGUUCUGGAAAAAAUAUAGUGAGGAGCAUUUUUGCCUUUUGGCAGAUAUAUUUAGCAGAAAAGCUUUUGAGUUCUCAUCUUUUUCCCAGAUCUUUUCUCAAAAAGAUAGAUGAUUUUUGUUACCAAAAGUUUUGGUGAGUUUCUCAGUAGGCUGGUUUUCGAUCUUGGGCUAACCAGCUGUUAGUGUAUAUAGAAUGUUUGAUUUGCAGACAUUUUUAUUAGUUGUGCUGAUUUAUAAUAGACAGUUUUAUUGUCAAAUGAAGUGAUUCCAUUAUCUUGCCAGAGAUAGUGAAAAUAUUUUUUAACUAGAAAUUUUCUUGGAAAUGCACGCCGACAACAACAUGAAAUAUUGAGCUCCGGCAGUGGAAUAAAAUUCUAAAAAAGUGCAAGCAUCUUAUUAAACAAUAGUUGACUUUGAAUUAAUUAGAAAAGCUGAAACAAAUGCAAUGCGUGUGGAAAGUAGUUCUCAAAAAUGGCCCUUUGACUCAGGCAGGAAUUGUGAUGCAUUUCCCAGCUUCCGUUAUUUCUAAGAAGCGCACGAGAAACCGGUCUUGGAAGAGAGACCACAUUGAAAUACUCACAGUUGUCCUCAUUCCUGACUCUUCUCUCAAUGAAGAAACAUCUGUGCAGAACAUUACAAUGCUACUCGAACUGAUGUGUUCUCAGAGCAACAAAAUCAGAAAUAAUUUGAAGCUAGAUCUGUUCAGUGUAGGUUUCCUCCUCUUAGCAUGCUUUUUAGAUUUUCUAAAAUUUUGUUUUGUACAGUUGAUCUCAGUGAAUUUUGCUUUAUUGGAUGUUCAGCUACACUAGAUCUUUUUGUACGUGACACACAUAGAUGCAUAAAUCCUUAGCUACCUGGAAUUUUUAAUAGAUUUCAUUUUGAGGAUUAUGUUUCUGGCCUUUUAACUCAGAAUUAAGGUUUGAGCUUUAAUAGGAUUAAAUUAUUCACCCCGCCUUGGCCAGUGCCUUUAUUUUAAAUACUCAUUUUUCUUCUUCAUUCAUAUAGUCACUAGUUUGCUUUUCUUGCUUAACUAUAAUUGGAAACAUUUAAAGGGACACCCAUGGUUAAUUUUAUCAGGUUGACUGAAUAAGACCUUUCUCUCCUCAGAUUUCUCUCCUUUAUUCACAUAUACCCCCAUAUACCCUCAUAACUACAAUCAAUGAACUGUUCAGAUUCAGUAUUUUUUUUUGCAAGAACUUCCAAGAACUAUGACACUGAUCAUGAUGUGAUUUUGUUGGGUUUCUGGUACAUAUGCAUGAUUUAGAUUUUGAAAAUCACUUCUAUCUUUCUAUCUUUCAAGUAUGUGUUUGCUUCCUACACUUGGCUGAUUUUAUUUAGGGUUUGAUUCUUUAAAGCCUUACUCAUUUAAUCACAUUGGUGUAUCCCUUCUAUUGCAAGCAUUAAUCUGAUUUUGAGAUCACUAUAAAAUGUGAAUUAGCCGAACUUGUUCUCAAUUCUUCCUUCCCCAUGCUUGUCAGUAGCGCAUGGCGGUUCUGUUCUUACCUUUACGUAAGUAUUUAUCCUGAUGACACAUUUUUCCAAUUCCUUUAAACAGCUAUCUUAAGUUUCAAUUAGUGAUACCCAAUGCAGUACUUACACUUUUUGUUUUGUCUUUUCUUUUUUACUGGAUAUCUUGGUUGUCUGAAGCAUUAGAUGCAUUUAUGUGAUGAAAAAAAUAGCAAAAGAAAGAAAGAAAAAAGUUUCAGUGGUGUUCUGAUUCUAAAUUUAAAAGAUGGGACACAGGGAAAGACAUUCCUAAGAAUCACGUUUAAAGUCGUGAAGAGCAUUACUGUCAUCACUCAUCGAAGCUUUUCCCUUCUUGACCCAACAGUGGGAAGUGUGCUGCGUACUUUGCGCAUCAUUUGCCUGCUCUUUACAGCAGGUGUGAGUAAAUGGUAACCGAGAGCACGCACACCCUAGUGUGGCUCUGCUGGGGCACAGAGUAUUGUCACCCAAGGACUCAGAUGGAAAUUUACAGCUGAAUCCAGAUUGCCAAGUAGAGAAGUUAGUUUACACAUGUCAGGUUUCAGCUCAUAUUUUUAAGGUACCGUAGAUUUGCAGAAGUUUAAAUGGAAAGUUUUUAUUCCCAUUGUAGACUAAGUUUUAAAAGCGCUUUACCUAGUACUCUAGCUCACCUCAAAUAUCAUUAUAUCAUGGGCGUGACAGCUUUUGGUUUUGUCCAUUGGUUACCGUAAUACCGAGCCCCAUGCCAGAUCUUAAAUAGCCUAUGUAAAUGACAUAUAGGAGUAUUAUUUUCCAUACGGUCUGUUGUAUGGUGUAUAUUCUGUGUAUCCAUCUAGUGUGCACAUUGAAAGUUCAAUAGAUUUACCUAUAGAAGGUCUUUCUAGACAAUGCCCCUACCUAUUCACCGGACCCAACCCAGUGACCCAGUUGGAAUAAUAUGCUUGCCCAAGACACUGUGAAACAGUUACCAAAAUUUGUAGAAAUGCAGCAUCUUGAAUCUGUCUGUAAACAGAAGGUGACUUUCUUUACAAGUCCACAUGAACAAAAGACAACCUUUAUUCCUGCCAAGCUGAGGCGUCUGAGAGUUUGCUGGGGUGAUCUCCUUGCCGCCCAAAAGGCUGGAGUGUGAUGCGGGUUACAAGCUAUCAGAAAUACAACGCUCAAAAUUAAGUGAUGUGUAGAGUCAAUGGAUCUGUAUCCAAAGUUUUAAUGGGCUUUCUUGGAAGGUGAAAGAAUUUCAAGUGAACAAUAUCCAACUUCAUUAUAGUGGAUGAGUUAGUAAAUUUAAAAACAUUAUUUUCUAUGUACAACAUCUAACAAUCUUUGUAAAAUGCGCAAGUGCAAUAAUUUAAAGAGGUCUUAACUUUGCUUUUAUAAAUUAUAAAUAUUGUACAUGUGUGUAAUUUUUUCAUGUAUUCAUUUGCAGUCUUUGUAUUUAAAGAAACCCUAACCUGUUAUGUUUGUACAAUAGAACAGUAAUCACUUAUUCUAACCUAAGCAAGUUGUAAAUAAAUUCAUAAUUCAAACAGCUGGUA